CUUCUCGAGCGCAGUGACUUCACUUCCCAAAACGCAGCGGAGGAGAAGAAAGACCGUCCGGUGAAAGAGUGCGUGAGAGAGCGAGCGAGAGAGAGAGCGCGAGCGGGAGAGAGAGAGAGUCUAUGCGUGCGUGUAUGCGUGUCUCUCUCUGGCGCGCGCGCUCGCGGCCGCGUAUCUCGAGCUGGAAUUAGCGGGGCUCGUGUCAUGUCCGCACCAGCGCCGGACUCCGCUGGACACGGGACGAAAUGGACGGAACCAUUAAGGAGGCGCUAUCAGUGGUGAGUGAAGACCAGUCUCUUUUCGAGCCUCCUUACGCUGCUGCCGCCCCUCUGCCCAAGACGGACAUGACGGCGUCCGGCGCGCAGGAUUACGGACAGCAGCACAAGAUCAACCCCAUCCCCUCACAGCAGGAGUGGAUCAACCAGCCCGUCCGGGUCAACGUGAAGCGGGAAUACGACCACCUGAACGGAACCAGAGAGUCCCCUGUGGACUGCAGUGUGGGCAAAUGCAAUAAACUGGGCAGCUCUGACGCGUCACAGAUGGGUUACGGGGGAUACAUGGACGAGAAGAACGGGCCACCCCCCAACAUGACCACCAAUGAGAGGAGAGUAAUCGUCCCCGCAGACCCAUCCCUGUGGUCUCCUGACCACGUGCAGCAGUGGCUAGACUGGGCCGUGAAGGAGUACGGCCUGUUGGAGAUUAACACAGCAAUGUUCCACAACACUGACGGAAAGGAACUGUGCAAGAUGAACAAGGAGGACUUCCUGAGACUCACCAGCGUCUACAAUGCAGAGGUCCUGCUCUCACAUCUCAAUUACCUCAGGGAAAGUAGCUCAUCACUAUCGUAUAAUGCACCAUCUCACACUGACCAGUCUCCUCGUCUGCCCGCCAAAGAAGAUCCUUCAUAUGAUGCUGUAAGGAGGACAGGCUGGUCGAACAAUAUGCACAGUGGCAAAGGCUCCCCGACGGUCGUCUCUCAGAACGUGUCCAAGAGCACUGAACAGAGCCGGCCGCAGCCAGAUCCAUAUCAGAUUCUCGGGCCCACAAGCAGUCGACUUGCCAACCCAGGCUCAGGUCAGAUCCAGCUGUGGCAGUUCCUGUUGGAGCUCCUGUCGGACAGUGCCAACGCAGGCUGCAUCACGUGGGAAGGCACCAACGGCGAGUUCAAGAUGACGGACCCGGACGAGGUGGCGCGGCGCUGGGGCGAGCGCAAGAGCAAACCCAACAUGAACUACGACAAGCUGAGCCGCGCGCUGCGCUACUACUACGACAAGAACAUCAUGACCAAGGUGCACGGCAAGCGCUACGCCUACAAGUUCGACUUCCACGGCAUCGCACAGGCCCUGCAGCCGCACCCCACGGAGUCAACCAUGUACAAGUACCCCUCCGACCUGGCCUACGUGCCUUCAUACCACGCGCACCAGCAGAAGGUCAACUUCGUGUCGCCACACCCGCCCUCCAUGCCUGUCACCUCCUCCAACUUCUUCGGCCCCACUAACCCCUACUGGAGCUCGCCUACGGGGGGCAUUUACCCCAGCGCAAGCGUACCCCGCCAUCCCAACUCCCACGUGCCCUCCCACCUGGGCAGUUACUACUAAAGCCAACUACCCCUCAGCCCCUUGCUUUCCAACUCACGUGCCAUCCCCAAGCUGCACUCGGAAAUAAAGAAAAAGAAGUAAAAAGAUAAAAGGAAUGGAAAGGAAAGGAGAAGAAUGCUGGAAAGUGGGAAGUUUUUUCUGCUUCUCUUCUGAUGGAAUACAUUUGCAAAAUGAAGGAAUUAAUCAUAGAAGGGAACUAAAAAAAGAACCAAGAAAAACUGGAUGAAGUCUCGAUCCACUUCAAAAUUGAGUACUACUUAUUCACAGGACCAGUGACUGCUUGGUUUUGUGUGUUUGUUUUGUCUGGAGCGUUUUUUUUUUUUGUUUCGUCAUCAGUUUCUGUGGGUUUAUGUACCUUUCGAAUCCCGAACACAGGUUGAGGUUGGGCCAAAGCACCCUGUUCAUACACUUAGACACCCAAUAUUAAUGCUAAGCUUUACCUUUAUUGAAAUUGAUUUAAAAACAGAAACAAGCUGCUCUUUAACUCUAAAGCUGUGUGUUAUGGCAGGGUUUCCAAAUGUGAAAAAAUCCCAGUCUUUUUUUCAUAUGAGCUUAUUCUAAACCAUGCUGGUAUUGUAGCACAAAGAUCAUCACAAAUUGACAGAGCGAGCGUCAAUGUGAACGCUCUCUCUUUCUCGAUGCUACUUAACCCAUAAGAGCCUGGACCCAGUUUUAUAUCUUGAUUUAAAAUAGGUUUAAAGAAGAAAUUCUCCAAAAUGACCUGAGAUCAGAUAUUUUUGCGUUGACUUCCAUUGGGAUUUACGUUUCCCAGAGUCUGUUGUCUGCUUGCACGGGCAAAUCUAGCCAAAAGCAGUCGGUCACAAUCAUUACCACCCACUGCACUGUCUACUGUGGGAAGUAAUGCCUUUUAUGUCCCAAUCCAUUUGGCAUCUACUAUCAGGCCUUACAACUUAUAAAGGUGCAAGCUUUCCCAAGUCGUCCCUUGAGUUUUUAAAACAGUUCACAAGACCAAUUGACACAUACAGAAUGUAUGGUACCAUUGGCUCUUAUGGGUUAAGAUGAUCUCAAACUUUUGACAUUCCAAAGUCCAAAGUUUAUAGAAAACUAUUUUCUACUAGUGUCUGGAUGUUGGACGUUGUCCUCUGUUCUCUGUCUCCAAAAUAGAGGAUACAAUCCCAAAACACAAAGAACCCCUGAAAAACUCAGGGGGAACUGGAAUGUGCUACCAUUCACCUCUGACUUGUCCUCCUAACUGGAAUGCUGGAGCUUCAGCUAUGGCUGGAAAAGGCGAUUUAGUUUAUCCAGGAGGUUUUAUGUGUUACCAUAGUGUGUGCCAUAAAUAAAAAAAAGAAUGAUCAGGAGUAAAGCCAUUGCAGAACCACUUUCGACUCCUUAAAGAACUUUUCAGUAGCCUUUUUUUUAGAGAUCCUGUUUUUUAUAAAAGAACCUAUGUCUAAAAGUUCAAAGAUUAGUCACCAGAAAAGGUGAUUUCUAAUGAUGAACCAGUGUUCCUUUUCGUAUCGAUGACCAUGUCAGUAUUAAUGUUGUUUUGCACUCGGCUGACCGUCUGAGUGACUGCACUUCCCUGCCUCUUCAGUGUUAAACCUCUAGAGUCCUAGAAGGACCAUUAUCUUCAGGACAGCACUGUCAUUAAUCAUUUGAUUGGCUGUUAAAUUUGUCAAUCAACCAGUUAUCACAAUCUCAGAAGAAAGAUUCUUAUAAUAGGACUGAUGUUGCUGAUAUUGUUACAGUGUACAGUGAUUACAAUGAAAGCUAUAGGAAUGAAUCCAAUGCUGAAAGAUGAUGAUGAUGAUAAUGAUGAUGAAGGCCAACUGCUGAAGGCUUGUGGUUGAUCUUGUGAAAACAGUAAAAUAACGGUUAUAUAACAGGUUAUAUUACAAUAUUUUAAGCCAAACUAGGGUUGCGCUGGUGUGAACUCUAUUGUAAGUCUAUUCACCUUAUUUGGCCACGCCCACUUUUGAGAAUAUUUGUGUUGGAAUUGUUUAUAGUUGCAUCAUAUUUAGAGUGAAUGCAAUUCACAUGAAGUAGCUAUCCAUCUAGGCUAACCCAACAUUCCAACAGUGGAUAUUAAACAAUUUCCAAAUCACUAAACAAAAACUUUCUUAGCAUAGAAAAAUAAAUCAAAAUACUGUUGGAACUAGUGUCUCCUUGGUCUUGAGACCCUAGAGACUUUUCUGAAGGGAGGGGAUCAUCAUGCUGUUGGAAUUCAGCUCCUCAGUACUGGCAGCACUCACGUAGUCCCAGACCAUGAUGCUACCACCACCAUGCUUGGCUGUAGAUCACUUGAUCGCAACUGUUAAUUGUGAAUGAGAUCAUUUGGUAACGUUUAUCAAAAUAUAAACUACCCUUUUUUAUUCAAUCUAUGGCUGCCUGGAUACAGUGUUGUUUUUCUCAAAUUCAAAAUGUGGAGAUGCAUUAUUACUGUUUAUUAAUAAUCUAUAUUAAGAGAUUAUGGCAGUGGUGGUGUAGUGGUGGCUUUGUGGGUCUUGAUGACCCAAUACUUUGGCUGUCACUUUUAGGGGGGCUAGGUUAUUGAUGACACGAUUGUAGGUUCAAUUCCCAGCUUGUCUUGGAUCUGCAUUCACAGCUGAAAUU